CCCCCUUCACAGAGCUUCGGACUCGACGCUAUACUAGCCGACUACACACUCUUCUACCACGAUGGAUAGAAGAGAAAGACUCAACAAGUUUUUCAAUCAGACGGUAUUCGGGAAAGCUAAAGUGACCCCUAACACCUCUCGCCAGUUUCUCGAGGCCGUCUGCGCCCAACCCGACCCCGCCGUAUGCCUCGGUAAACUCGUUUCCAACCCCCUGGCACUCGAAAACAUGAAAGCCUCCAUGUCCUUCAACGUUACCCAUCAGUUUCUCAACGAAUCCGGAGCGGCCCUGCUUACGUACCUUUUUGGUGACCCCGCGCUGAAGCAGCUCAGUGGGGGCGACGUCCUCAACAAGGUCGUCAGCAAACUUCUCGAAAGCCCGCUCUUCUGGUCUUCCCUCGCUCACUCGUUCAAGCUUGGGCUCCUUGCAGAGAACGCUGAGAUCGGGUUCGCUCAGCUGCUUCUCCACCUGAUAACCACAUCGGGUGACCAGGCAGCGAGCUAUCGCGAUCUAGCCAAGGAGCCCGAUAUCCUCGGGCGGCUCAGCGCGUCAACCGUGCAGGACGUCAAGUUUAUCUCCCACAAAAUCCGCCAUAUCCUCUCCACGUACGACACAGACGUACCGGAGGACUACGAAGAGGGACCGGGUGGUCGGCACGACAACGACUUCGCAGACUUCCGCAAGAUAACCAUCCUCCCUACCCCGCAGGAGAUCGCGUGUCAGAAGGACCCCUUCCUCCGCAGGAGCGCAGAGCUCGAGAUCCCAGAAACCGUCUCCACCCGACUCGCGAACUACAUCGAUAACCAGUUCCGGCUCAAUCGCGAGGAUCUUAUCUAUGACGUGCGCGAAGAACUAAGUAUAGCUACAGGGGUCAAACAGCGCAAGCGCCGUGCGUUCACCACUUCAGCUCAUCUGAUCGACGUCUUCACCGGCGACCCUCUCCGGCGGCUCCGCUGGGCAAUUGUGCUCAAAGCCGAUCAUGACUUCCAGCAGUUCCAUAAGGUCCCCGACAAAGACCGUCGUAGCUUCCUCAAAGAUGAUCACGUCGGCAGCAAGAUCCUUCGCCACCAGUCGCUCGCGUGCAUUAUCGUUGGCGGACAGCUUGUCUCGCUCGCGACUGUCCAUCGCGACGAGGAGCGUCUCGCUAAGAAGCCGCCCGAAAUCACACUCCAGCUCGAGGGAGAGGCCACAAUCGUGCAGACGCUCAUCAGCCUCCGGCUCGCCGAGAGCGUUCAAAUCCUCUCCGUCGACACCGCCUUCUUCGCUUCCGAGCCUAUUCUGAAGGCGCUGCAGCGCAUACAGGAGGUUCCCCUCUCGGAGGAGCUCGUUUUCUGGAAGGACGACGACCCUAUGGUGAGCCCGGCCGUGUACGCGGAGCGGAUCGCAGAUGCGGUGGAAGUGAAUCCAUCCCAGGACUUGAGGCGUCUCCUGCAAACGCCGAAGUCCAUUCAACUGGAUACGGCUCAGGCGGCUUCUUUGGUCGCUGGUCUUACCCAGCGUGUCGCGCUCAUACAGGGUCCGCCAGGGACCGGAAAGUCGUUCAUCGGGGCGCUGCUUGCCAAAAUCAUUCACGACACCACGACUCAGACGAUUCUUGUUGUCUGCUACACCAACCACGCGCUAGACCAGUUUUUGCAGGACCUCAUCGAUAUCGGCAUCCCCUCGGAGAGCAUGGUCCGCCUCGGCGGGCGUGUUUCGGACCAAAAUCUCCAACACCUUACACUCUUUUCUCAAAAGCGUGUCACCGCCAAGCGCACGCGGGCUGAUUGGACCAUCAUCAAUGAGCUGAAGAUGCAGUCGGAGGAUUUGUGCGGCGAACUCGAGCGCAAAUUCCACCAGUUCCAGAGCGUCAAUCCCGGUUAUCAGGAGAUUCUCAUGCACAUCGAAUUCGACUACCCCGAGUACUUUGCCGCAUUUGAGGUGCCGGCUUCGAACGACGGUAUGACCCGCGUCGGGAAGAAAGGACGCGUGAUGGAUUCCACGUACCUGAUCAACCAGUGGACGCGUGGCUGGGAUGCCGGUGUCCUCAAAGAUGCGCCGCACGUUCGCGAAGCUGCAGAGAUCUGGUCGCUUCCGCUCCAGCUGCGUCGCCAGUGCAUCGAGAAGUGGAGGACAGAGAUCCUCCACGACUCUGUCUCUGGGAUCGCAUCGAACGGGAAAGACUACGAUAAGUGUAUUGCAGAGCUUGCCCGAAAGAACAGCGACGGCGAUAUUGCGACGCUCCGUAGCAAGAGAAUCAUCGGAUGCACUACGACGGGUGCGGCGAAGUUCUCGGAGGACCUUCGGGCUGUCUGCCCGGAUGUCUUACUUGUCGAGGAGGCCGGCGAGAUCUUGGAAAGCCACAUCCUUGCAGCGCUCGGUUCGACGACCAAGCACCUUAUCCUGAUUGGCGAUCAUAAACAACUUCGGCCGAAAGUGAACAAUUACCGUCUAACCGUCGAGAAGGAUGAGGGCUACGAUCUGAACCGCUCACUCUUCGAGCGCCUCGUUCUCAAGGGUUUCCCGCAUCACACUCUCACGGCGCAGCACCGCAUGCGCCCCGAGGUCUCUGAUCUUGUCCGCCAGCUCACCUAUCCGGAGCUUACUGACGCGCCUGGUACUCAAAACCGCGCUCAUGUGCGCGGCGUCCAGAGCAACGUUGUUUUCAUCAACCACGACAAGCACGAGGAUGACUUUCGCGAAGCUGUCGACCGGAGAGACCUAUCGUCUACGUCAUCAAAGCAGAACACGCACGAAGUGGGGAUGGUCCUCAAAAUUGUCAAGUAUCUGGCGCAGCAGGGGUACGGCACGGACAAGAUGGUUGUGCUCACGCCUUACCUUGGUCAGCUUCACAAGCUUCGUGCGGUGCUCAAGUCGGAGACCGAUCCGGUCUUGAAUGACCUGGAUUCGUACGACCUCGUCAAAGCUGGUCUAUUAUCUCCUUCCGCAGCAAAGCUGAGCAACAAGCAACUUCGCCUCGCCACUAUUGAUAACUAUCAGGGAGAAGAGAGUUCGCUUGUCAUAAUCAGCCUAACGCGGAGCAACGCCGAAAACGACAUCGGGUUCAUGAUCUCGCCUGAACGUCUUAACGUGCUACUUUCUCGAGCGAGGGACGGGCUAUUCAUCAUCGGAAAUGCCAACACCUUCAUGCAUUCUCGAAAGGGAGGGGAACUUUGGACGAGGCUGGUCACGAUAUUGACGACCCGAGGUUUUAUCUACGACGGCUUCCCUGUCAAGUGCGAGCAGCACCCUGGCCGUCAACGAAUACUAGCCGGACCGCUGGACUUCGAGCGGCAUUGUCCCGAUGGAGGGUGCACGGAGGAUUGCGGCACUAUGCUCAAUUGUGGACUCCAUCUCUGUCCCUCGAAGUGCCACCAGCUGUCGGACCACUCGAAGAUGGCUUGCAGUCACCUUGUCUACACCAAAUGUGCCGCCACUCGGCACACGCUCCAGUGGAAGUGCAGCGAGGGCCAGCCACCGAGCUGUCGUCGAUGCGACAAAGACAAGGAACGUGCCGAGGCGCAGACGCGGGAGGACUACGAGCGCCAGCAAAAGCACGACGCAGAGCAGCAGAGACAUGACAAGGAACUCGCUGAGAUCGAGCGUCAGAUCAAGGCGGAGCAGGAGGCGCAGCGCGAGGCUUUGGAGGCGGAAAAACGGGAGUGGGCGCUUAAGCAGAAGAAGAAAGAUCUGGAGGAUAUGCGCGCCAGCCUCAAGCACCGGCAGGCUCACCUUUCAUCUCAACUGGAUUCGAUAAGACCCUCUUCGACUGCGCCUUCAGCCACUCCGCAUACGUCUGCUCCUCAAGUGCCUUCUCAGACUCCCUCGAGCUCCGGUUUGCCCGGCUCUAGUAAUGUCUCUGAGGAGGCUGCUCCGUCUACCACCACCAGCGAUUCGUUGAAGGCUGCACGCUCUCCUUCUCGCGAAGAAUGGCAGCGCCGCAAAGACAUGGACGGUGCCAGCAACGACGCCAUCGACAGCAUUAUGGAGAUGACGGGCCUUGAAGGCAUAAAGGCGCAGAUUCUCCGGAUAUUGGACAAGAUCGACGUGAUGAAGCGCCAGGGAACCGACGCAACAAAGGAGCGUCUGAACUUGGUCCUCCUUGGGAAUCCAGGAACGGGCAAAACAACAGUAGCGCGUCUAUAUGCGAAGUUCUUGCAGUCGAUCCAGGUUCUUCCUGGUCGAGAGUUCACCGAGACGACGGGAUCACGGCUCGCCAACGAUGGCGUUCCUGGCGCCAAGAAAAUGCUUGAGGACAUCGUCAAAGCGGGAGGAGGUGCUGUGUUCAUCGAUGAGGCCUAUCAGCUCGCCGGGGAGCACAAUUUCGGGGGCUCGCAGGUUCUAGACUUUCUCCUCGCCGAGAUGGAGAACCAAGUCGGUACCAUCGUCUUCAUCCUCGCCGGCUACAACAAGCAGAUGGAGAAGUUCUUCGAGCACAACCCUGGUCUCCCCAGUCGCGUUCCCUACCAGCUACAUUUCGCGGAUUACGAGGACGGCGAGCUCCUCGCCAUGUUCGGCGACCUUGUAGAGAAGAAGUACAAGAGACGAAUGAAGAUAGAGGGCGGACUUCAUGGGUUAUACGCACGGGUCACGAUUCGGCGACUCGGCCGAGGGCGCGGACGUGAGGGCUUCGGUAACGCUCGUGCGCUGCAAAACAUGUUCUCGAAGAUAUGCGAGUUCCAAGCGGAACGGCUUAGCCAAGAACGACGCGAGGGCAAACUUCCUGACGACUUCCUCAUGGUCAAGGAAGAUCUCAUCGGUCCCGAGCCUUCCAAAGCGAUUGUUCAGAGCAAACCUUGGAAGAAGUUACAGGACAUGAUUGGUCUGCAGUCCGUCAAGGCCUCCGUGAAGAGCCUCCUCGAUAUGAUUACGACGAACUACUACCGAGAGCUUAACGAGAAGGAGCCACUCCAGCUCUCGCUCAAUCGCGUUUUCAUCGGCUCGCCAGGCACGGGCAAAACGACUGUUGCCAACCUCUACGGUCAAAUACUAUCCCAGCUCCGAUUGCUGAGCAAUGGUGAAGUUGUCGUCAAGAAUCCUGCCGAUUUUAUCGGCUCGGCGCUCGGCCAGUCGGAGAAAAACACCAAAGCCAUACUUGCCUCCACCGUUGGCAAAGUCCUUGUCAUCGAUGAGGCGUAUAUGCUAUACGGAGGGAAGUCAUCUGGCGUCAGCGACCCGUACAAGACAUCCGUCAUCGAUACUAUCGUCGCGGAAGUCCAAAAUGUCCCUGGAGAGGAUCGAUGCGUACUCUUACUCGGAUAUAAGGAUCAAAUUAUCGAGAUGUUUCAGAAUGUCAACCCGGGGCUGUCUCGAAGGUUCGACGUUGAGAACGCCUUCAACUUCGAGAACUUCGACGAUGCACAACUACGUAAAAUCCUCGAACUAAAACUGAAGAACCAAGAUCUUGACGCGAUAGAAAAGGCAAAGGAUGCAGCUAUAUCCCUUCUCAGCCGUGCUCGCAAUCGGCCGAACUUCGGCAAUGCUGGCGAGGUCGAAAACAUCCUCGGAAAGGCAAAGGAGCGUUAUCAGAAGCGCUUUCAGUCCCCCGCUGCCGACGUCGUUUUUGAGCCUCAGGAUUUCGAUCCCGGGUUUGACCGCGACGAGCACGCUUCCGACAAUCUCGCGAAGCUGUUCGAGGAUGUCAUUGGCUGCGAGGAGAUCGUCGAGAAGCUGGGCAAUUACCAGCGGAUUGCGAAGAGGAUGAAAGACAAAGGGAUUGACAUGCGCAAGAAUAUUCCGACUAACUUUGUCUUCAAAGGGCCUCCAGGCACCGGCAAGACAACGACCGCUCGUAAGAUCGGUCAGGUCUACUACGACAUGGGCUUCCUCUCAUCCACCGAGCUAGUCGAGUGCUCUGCUUCCGACCUCGUGGGCCAGUACGUUGGACAAACCGGCCCCAAGACUCGCGGCGUGUUCGAGAAGGCGCUCGGGAAAGUCCUUUUCAUUGACGAGGCUUAUCGCCUGGCCGAGGGCCACUUCGCGAAGGAAGCGAUGGACGAGCUUGUUGGCAUUCUCACACAGGAGUCCUUUGCCGGCAAGCUAGUCGUAGUCCUUGCGGGCUACGACGCCGAGAUCAACGGACUGCUUAGCGUCAACCCCGGGCUUUCGAGCCGUUUCCCUGAUCAAAUCGUGUUCAAGAACAUGACCACCGCCCAGUGCCUCUCCUUGCUACUCCAGGACUUACAAAAGGCGAAGAUUGAAGUUCCUGACCUAGACGAUCCCGAGUCACACGUAUACGCAGAGAUGGAGCGCGUUCUCCAGACACUAUCUGAGCUACCGUCGUGGGGGAAUGCGCGGGACGUGAAGACGCUUGCGAAGAAGAUGAUCCAGCGAGCUUACAUCAGCGGCUCAUCUGUCGACGACAAUGCCGGCGUAGACUUCGUCCUUCCUGAAGAGGAAGCGCUCCCCAUCGUGAGGGAGAUGUUAAGCGAGCAGGUCGAUCGUGUUAGAAACCUGAGGCAGCCACCCCCAGUCUCGUCGAUGCUGCCUCCGCCAGUGCAGGUCGGCUCUCCUCAGCCUCCCUCUCUUGCCCCUCCGAAGACGCAGACAACGACAACCAUCAAGAAAGCGCCUCCCAAACCGAAGCAGCAAAAGAAACAAGAGCCCAAGGAGCCUGAAACCGAGCAGCGCGAUCCCGGCGUCCCGGACGCAAUCUGGAAACAGCUUCAGCUCGACAAAGAACGCAUCGCAGAGGCUCAAAAGCGCGCGGCUGAAGAUAUCCAGAAGACGCAAAACCAGUACCGCGAGACCGACGCGCGCAUCCAGAAGCUCACAGUGGAGAUGUCUCGUCUCGCCAAGAUUCAAGCGAAGAACAAGGCGGAGGAUGACGACCGUAAGCGUAGGUUGGAGGAGGCGCGUAUAAAAGAGUUGGAGGCGAGAGCAGAGAAGGAUAGAAUCGCCGCUGAGAUUAAGAAGAGAAUGGACGAGGAGGCACGAGAGCGCAAGCGGGAGGCUCAGGCACAGGCAAAGCUGCGUCAGAUGGGGGUUUGCGUUGCUGGCUUCCAGUGGAUCAAACAGGCACAGGGAUACAGAUGUGCUGGCGGGAGCCACUACAUUUCCAACGAGCAACUCGGGAUGUGAUUAGUGAGAUAACAGACAUAUGAUCUUGUUGAAUUCCGUGGCCAUAGAACGAGUUGAAGGCAGCGACGUAAGGAGCGCUUGGGCGCUGUAUUCGCGCCUGGUUGACUAUAUAUUACAUGUAAUACGGAGACAGAGUUACUAAUCAAAGGGUCACUAAACG